AUAUAGAUUUACAAGAAUAAUAUUCCGUUCGGUUUGGUCCACUUGGAGUUGACAUUUUGAGCAACCCCAUCGACUUCCAAGCUCUUUCUCGUGUAAAAAUGGCAACUUGUCUUGUUGUAGCCAACUCCUUGUUCCGUCCACCCAAACCCAUCCUCCCCCAUAAACACCUCCCUCUUCAACCCAUCUCCAGUCACUCCCUACCCAAAUCCCCCCUCAAUUCCACCUUCCUUAAACCCCAUUUUUCCCACUCAGAUUCUUGCAGAUUCCGAUUUAUUGCCCCAGCUUCCCUUGGGGAAACCGAUGCCUCCUCAGACGAGCCCCUUCCUUUGGUAGGUGAAGACUCUGCCGCCUUCGAUUUGGGGACCCAAAACAUUGUUUCUUGGGUUUAUUUUACUAUUAUUUUGGGUGUUGUUCUUUUUGUUCUUGAUGUUAUCUGGAUUGAUAAUUCUACUGGUUUUGGAAAAGCUUUUAUUGAUGCUGUUUCGACCCUCUCCGACAGCCAUGAGAUUGUAAUGUUGGCCCUCAUUCUUAUAUUUGCCACUGUCCAUAGUGGCUUGGCUAGCUUUCGGGACAUGGGCGAGAAGCACUUGGGAAAACGUGCAUACCGUGUUCUAUUUGCUGGUGUAUCCCUUCCAUUGGCUGUUAGCACAGUUGUGUACUUCAUCAACCACAGGUAUGAUGGAGUGCAGUUAUGGCAGCUUCAAAAUGGUCCUGGAGUCCAUCAACUUGUUUGGCUCUCGAAUUUUAUUUCCUUUUUUUUCCUAUAUCCUUCUACCUUUAAUCUAUUAGAGGUAGCAGCUGUUGACCAGCCGAAAGUGCAUCUGUGGGAAACUGGCAUCAUGAGAAUCACCCGGCAUCCACAGAUGGUAGGGCAGGUAAUCUGGUGCUUGGCCCACACAAUUUGGAUUGGAAACUCUGUAGCUGUUGCAGCCUCCGUUGGUUUGAUUGGACAUCAUCUAUUUGGCGUAUGGAAUGGUGAUAGGAGACUAGCUAUACGACAUGGGGAGGCUUUUGAAGUUGUAAAGAAGCGAACAAGCAUCAUCCCUUUUGCAGCAAUCCUUGAUGGCCGCCAAAAAUUGCCCAAAGAUUACUACAAAGAAUUCAUUCGAUUGCCCUAUUUGGCUAUCACUGCAAUGACACUAGGUGCAUAUUUUCUGCAUCCGGUAAUGCAGGCAGCUAGUUUCCGGCUCCAUUGGUAGCGCAACAAGCUUUUAUUAAACGAAAAUUGUAUAUAAAGACAGACAAAACUGGCAUAUUGAAGUUGAGAUCAUAGAUACAUAGGUAAAAGCAUGUAUGCUUUGUUGUAAUUUGCAAAUCUGUAAAUGAUACUUCUUAGAUGUCAUUCAAAUAA